AUGUCUGACGCUGAUUGUGGAAGUGAACUUAAUUCGAGAGCUGCAAGGCGAAGUUAUAUCGUCACGUAUAGCCAGGCUGAUAGGAUAAAGUUUCCAACAAGACAAUCGUUUGCAGAUGCAAUAGUAGAUGCAUUUUCUCAGGGAAGUUCCAAGGCUGCGGUAAAAAACUGGGUAUGCUGCGAGGAACAGCACCAGGUGGAACAAGGUGGCUUUCAUUUUCACAUGGCAAUUUUGCUGUCGGGGAAUAAGCGGUGGCUUGCUGCAAAACGAUUUUUACUUCACGCACAUGGAAUUUCGGUGCACUUUGCAGACAAGAUGCACCAUAACUACUACAGUGCAUAUAAAUACGUUACAAAGGAAGAUUCUAAUGCAUUGCACAGCCCCGGGCACCCUGAUUUGUCUUCUGGCCGUUCACCUCGCACAUCCAAAUCCAGUAAGAUGCGAGCUGGCAGCUCUCGUUCUAGAGAGGAACAUUCUGGCUUGGUAAUUUCAGGCCCUUCUAGUUUGCCAAAGGCACGGAGACUGUCGAAUUUCGAUGUUGCCGAACUAGUAGUUAAAGAAAACAUCAAGGAAGACGUCGCACUUUUGGCUCUUGCGAAGGAGCAAAAAGACCUUGGAAAGGUGGACCUGGCCAACUUUGUCUUGGGAAAACCCGCCAAAUGCAGAAACGAGCUGAUCGAGAGUGUGUGGAAAAUGCAAAAUGCAUCAGCUAUUAUUUCACGCAAUACAAUGUCGCGAAUGGCCAUUGUGAGGGAAGCUCUUUUGGAACCUUGUGCCCAUCUGUGUGGUGGUUUGUGGCUAAACUGUGCCAGAGAGGUUUUAAGAAACAAUGGGGUCAAUGCCUUCAGUUUUGCCGAUGCUGUUAGGGAGCUAUUGACGAAAGGUCGCGGCAAACAUCGUAAUAUCAUGAUUGUGGGUCCAGCAAACUGCGGAAAAACAUUCAUGCUCGACCCCCUUAACGAUAUGUUCAGGGUAUUUACUAAUCCUGCCAGUACUAGCUAUGCUUGGCUUGGCGCAGAGAAUGUAGAUGUCAUCUUUUUGAAUGACUUUCGCUACUCGCAAGAAAUAUUGGCCUGGCAAGAUAUGUUGCUUCUUCUCGAGGGGCAAACUAUCCAUUUUGCAGCCCCAAAGUCCACUUAUGCCAAGGACAUUAUGUUCGAUAGAGACACCCCCAUCUUUGCAACAGGAAAAGAACAGAUACGGUAUCCUGGCCGUUACAACAGCACCGAUGAGCGGGAGAAUGAAAUGAUGGACUGUCGGUGGAGAUACUUCAAUUUUCACUGGCAAAUUGAGGAAAGAGACGUAAGAGUCAUUCCUAAAUGCAAACGCUGCUUUGCAGAACUGUUGAUGCUCGGCUCAGAUGCCUAG